AUGGCUACAAGAAAUAACAAUUGCCUUACUCGAAAGAGCCUCACUGUAGUGAACUGUGGCGAAUUCUACUUAUACAAUCUGUUUAGGAUAAGGAGCUGCGGCAGCAAUGGGUGGCGUUACUGUACAAAUGGCAUUGGUAAGUUUCGCUGCCUUGCGUACCGGAUGAGAUAGAAUUUUAUUUAGCUAACACGCUUUAGUGGCAGAUUUAAUGUUUGUGGUAUUUGUGUAUUCCUUUCUCAUUCUCGAUUCUUUCUCUUCGGCCUUGCUGUUUUGUUCACAUUUGUGACUAAGCCGUCCAGAAAGUUCUUGCUUGUGUCCUCCUGCUUACUUCACAUGGUUCAAUUUCGCAACGUUUCACAGUGUCCUUGCUAUACACAUCACAAAGCUAUAACUAGCUGAUACCUUACUUACGGGUCUAAAAACUUACACCACCCAUUUGAAUAUGCUGGAAUUACUCCAUCUUUAAGGAUUCCUGCACCUUACAAUUUGUGGAGAGAGAGGACACUUGAUAAAACGCUUUUUCUAUCUGUUUAUUUUGUUUUGUUUUGUUUUUUCUCUCUGAGGCGUGAGGACCUAUAUCAGCAAAAAUAAUAACCAAUUAAUCAUGAUUAUCUCGCGAUAUAGAUUGUCUGCACACAGUUCAUGACCUUUCCUGUGGCCAUUUAUGAUCGGUAUUAACCCUAACGUGAAGCGAAAAUGAUGUCUCUCUGGGCUUUUAGGAGAUACCUGAAGGAAAAAACUGUAAACUUCACGAUAUAUUUGGGAAAUACCUCGUAUUGUAUCGUUCCAAUUGAAAUAAAGUCCAAAUUACGCUAAUAACUCGCGAUUUCCGCGAUUUUUUUUAGCUUAUUGUAAUUACUUGGCACUUUGCUGUAUGUCGUUUAGAGAAGCUUGAAAGAAAUUUUCGAGUUUAGGAAAUCAUACUAUUUUCCUGCUCGAUUGGAACAGUUGCCAUUGUGACUUAAGGGGCUACAGCUUUUAAUCUUCAAUCAUUAUUUGAAAAAGGAAAACUAGAAAACAAAUAACAUUCUUUUUCAGCGGACGAUAAAUGCUCUGGGGAUAAAUGUCCAAACGGGAAACUGUGCGUUUUGAAGGAUAAUGGAAAGCAAUCUGAAUGUGUGGAUGGUAAAAUCUAUGACUACUUCGACUCAAAUUUUAGUCUAUCAUGUCAAACAUAUGUGUUAUUAAUUGAGCAUGAGGGCACUAUGGCUACAUUGGCCGAGGUCUCUUAUUCUGUUGAUAUGGACCAAGACGAAGUCAAGGUCCGUAGAAAAAAAGAAAAAAAGGGAAAAAGGACCCGACUUAUAUCCAACCAUCUUGUCCGAACGAGCUUCGUCAAUAAAGGAUUUAUUGCAAAGUAGAAGGAACAUUGCUGUAUCUGGAAUUAAGAAUUGGUAUUUCGUGAGAUGCGAAAGAACACCAUCUGUUUUUUGUAGCACUUUUUUCCUUGCGCGGGAUCAGUGCGGGCACUCCCGAGCGCGUAAGAUGGGCGCAUUUUGCCCGUUAGGAUUUUUUGCGCAAUCAGUACACAGGAUUCCCAUCUAUAUUGCUCACGGUCACUGCCAGCGAACCAAUAAAUCGAUGUAUGCUAUUUCUGAGCCAUGGUGCGCUAGAAUUAGUUAGAAACGUUAGCAAUUACUGCACUGACAGGCACGCGCCAUGUGACACUGAGUAAGGUUUUACUUCAGCUUGGAAAAAUGUCGCCUGUUCCAGGCCUAUCAAAUACAUUUUUCGUACUAAAGGGGAGAUACUGUCAUUCAUUAAAAGCUACGACUUAUUUUUCUUUAUCCAACCCGACGUGUUGCACUGAUUGGGUAGCGAUAAAGACCUCUUUCAAAUUUAAAGCAACAUUUGGCUUUGUCAUGUUUAUGACGGUUAGUUCUAAAUUUUUGUAGAUAGUUACUUCACAAGUAUUUACUCAAAACUCUCUUAUAGGACGUCAAAGAUCUAAUUUAGUAUAAGAGUAAUGUUCUGUGGAAUCUUCAAGUUUGUAGACCGUUUCAGCUAGGUAUCGCAAUCACUACACUUGACCUAACCAUUUAUGAUGAAUUUAAAAUGUUUUAUUACAGCCCCUCCGUCAGGGACUCAGUCUCCGAUAAUUCCUCCCUCAGGGGAUCCUUGCUCAUCCAAUCCUUGUUCGCAUGGUGGUACCUGCAGCAACAACUCCAAUACCUAUACCUGCAGUUGCAUGUUUGGGUACUCUGGCGACAACUGUGAUAUAAACAGUUAUGAAGGUAAAAACUUUGUAGGUAUAACAUACAGUAUAUAUAUAUAUAUAUAUAUAUCUAGAUAGAUUUGGAUAGAUAGAUAGAUAUAUUUCGUUAGAAAAUAUUCAAAAUGUUUAUAAAUUAAUAACUAGAUGUCAUUUUUUCCUGGUAGGAAGCUUCUUUCGAAACAUGGGGCUCAUGACUAUGAGCUUCCCUCCCUUCCCCUAA